AUGGCAUAUUCAAAAAUAUUUCUCAUUCUUUUUACAGUAUUGAAUUCCAUUUAUUAUCUCAAUGCAGGAUACAGUGGAGUACCACAAACAACAGCUGAUACGAAAGCUGUAUUAAGACGUUCACUUGAAUUAAGAUGUAUAUAUGACGGUGAUGGUAGUGGAGAAUUUCUUGAAUGGUAUAGAGGUGAUGAUGAUUCAUCUGUAAACAAUGAAAAAUCCGGUCAUUAUGGUGUUAAAAGUAACGACAAAGAAUCAAAUCUAACAAUAAAAAUUUUCGUUGAAGCCGAUGCACUAGUUAAGAAAUGGUAUGUUAAAACAAAUAAAGCCGGUUAUGAAAGACCACCCGAAUGUUCAUUUGAUCAAAUAUCACUUAAAGCAUCUCCACAAGGUAUGGAAACAGAUCGAGACAAUGAAAAAUUAGAUUCAGCUCAUGGAUCAGUACGACGUAUGGAAGAUGAAUCAGUUGAUUUUGUAUGUCAAAUUGCACCAAAGGAGAAUGUAGAUUUAAGUAAAGUCGUAUGGUCAUAUAGUAAAGACGAUAAAACGUUCGUUAAUCUAUCGGACCAAACUACUGUAAAUGAUGCAAUUGUUAUAAAAGACAAUGAAUUGAGAAUUAAUGGAGUUAAAAAAACUGAUCGCGGUUAUUAUCGUUGUGAACUUAAUGAUGUUCAUUUUACAGUUUUAUUACGUGUUAAAGACCGAUUGGCAGCACUUUGGCCAUUUCUUGGUAUUGUAGGCGUUGUCGUUGUACUUGUUAUUAUAAUUUUAAUCUUUGAAAAACGGCAAAAAUCAAAUAAGAAAAAUAUUACUACAGAUGAUGAUGAUCAAGAUCAAGCAAAUGAUCCACUUGUACGUACAACAACAAAAGGAUCAGAUAAUGAUACUAAAAAACGUGCAAUCAAGGCAUAA